GUUGGUAAACCAUGGAUAUGCUGAAGGCUGAGGAAAAGCGAUGGCUUGUGGUUGGAAUUUGCCUUUCAAAAGUUCUUACACCUGCAAUGAGGAGGGUUAUUGGGCAAGAAAUGCAUCAGUUGUAUCAGAACAUGGUUCUUCCACCAACAUGCAUUCAUUCACAAACAUUGUCUUCUUAUCUUAAAAGACUUCCACCUUCUACUGUGCGCCUUAAUUAUGUGAACAUCAACAACAAUGCAACACAAUCAUCUUACCACAGCUAUGAUUACUGUGUUAAAGAUGAACUGUCAUUAGCUAAACUGUUUGUGAAGCCAUUCAUGUCUAGUUUCACAGGUUUUGAUGAAACAUUGGAUUCAUCUGCAGCACUCUCUAUUUUAUGUGUAGCACCAAACUUUGUUUAUGAUGGAAUUGAUAUUAUUGCAAGUGAUGUACGUGAUUUGGUGCGUAAUGAAUGGGGCCAUUGUAAGUUUGCAACUUGGACUGAAGCUUAUUACCAGAACUGUUUUCAGCUUAUGGAAAAACUGAUCACAAGACUGAACCUUCCUGAAGCAUCGAAAAAAGAUGUUUUGAAGGACUUGCAAGAGUGGAGAAACAGAGGAACAAACAUGUGCUUUGGACAACCUGUUAAUGAUGAUGUGCUGAAACUCGUACAAGAGGAAAUGGCAACAUUGGUUACAUCUGUUGAAAAAAAUAAGGAAACUUGGGUGCAGGAUCAUGAGGGACUAAGAAAGAAUCUGCAAAGUUUGACACAACUUUUUGAACUUGACAUCAAGCGACUUGAAGCUAGCCAUGUGGCCUUAGAAAGUGGCCUCAGUGUCCUUAAAGAGGAUCAGUUGAGGAUGAAAGAAACUCUAGUGGAAAAUGAAAUGAUAGCCUCAUCAAAUGCAUCUCUCAUACAGCAUGUUAAAGACAGUUAUGAGGAGAAGCACAAAGGUCUUCAAUGUCAACAAGAGGUUUUGGAAGGGAAAGUUGCUGGUUUGUCUCAAGGAAUGGAAAAGUUGACUUCAGAAGGAAACAAUUGGCUCACAAGUGGACUCCAUUGGAAAAUCCCUGUAACAUUAGUGCUGAGUAUUGUCAUGAUUCUCCUAUAUGAGUAUUAUACUCCAGGAUCUAAGCUUCAUUAUUGGCAUUGUAGAAGGGAAAGCAUUCAAGGCCACACUUUGUCUUUCGUUUUCAAGACAAAUGAUCACCAGACACCGUCAGUGAAUGGAAUUGAGUUCAGCUGGGAGGCUUUAAGAAAGAAAUUGAACCUUAAGAUCCGUCCUCAUGAUGAGCCAGGGGUGCAUUACUACCUCAACAUCGAUCGCUGUGCAUACGGAGGUGUCGUACUUGUGCGCUCACUCCUGGACAAGACUCCUCAAGUGCGGGGAGCAGAGGUUUUAGCCGUUAACUCUGAUUGUUCUCGAGUCUUUUACCAUGAUGACGGCGUCUGGAGUCUUUACCAAAGUGCAAGAAAUAUCCGUUGCAUGCCUGCAAAUGGAUGA